AUGGAUUUCCGCAUCGACGACGAACCAGUGCCAUCGGCGGCGGCCGCCACACCCGCACAGCACCUCCCACCUGAUGGGCCUCCCAAGACCCGCCAGAAGAAGAAGACGAAGCGCUCCGAAUGCUCCAUCUGCAAUCGCAGUCUGGCAAACUCGGCCUUUCCAAAAAUUUCGGACAAGUGCGAUCACACGAGGGAUACAUGCCGGAAGUGUUGGAACGCCUGGCUCAAGGAGCAGAUCGAUUCUGUGGCAGCGGAUCAGAUUGGUUGUGUACAGUGCAGUCGGAUUCUGGAGGAGUCGGACAUUCGAAAACUCGCUCGUCCCGCCUCGUAUGCCGCAUACCUCGAUACCAAAUUAAAGGCAUCCUUGUCGGUAGAUCCCGACUUCCACUGGUGUAUCAUGCCAGGCUGUGGCUCCGGUCAAAUCAGCAGCGGCAACAUCUUCACCUGCACUAAAUGCAAAGUCAAGUCGUGUGUCGCCUGCGCCGUGGAGUGGCAUGAGGGAGAGACUUGCGAUCAGUAUCAACACCGCACCAAACUUCGUUCCGAUGAAGAGGAUGCGUCGGAGUUGACGGUUGCUAGAAUCUCGAAGCAGUGUCCUGGCUGCAAGACCAAAAUCACUCGGAUUUGUGGAUGCGACCACAUGACCUGCACGCAGUGUAGGGAGGAGUUCUGUUGGCGCUGCUUGGCUGACUACAGAGGCAUUCGACAAAUUGGGAGCUCUCACCACAAGCCCGAUUGUUAUCAUUAUCUACCGCUACCACCCCAGGGACCAUUCCCUGCCCCUGUGACGUUUACCGCUCCGCCAAAUGGCCGUCUUCUUGUGAGGCUUCCGGUUGCCCAUGUCCCUCAACUGUUGGUGGCAGGACCGGCUCCAAGACGGCCUCCAGUACGGGGUCCAGGACGGCCUUCAAGACUUGAGUUUCCUCGCAUAAGAGGGUUGGCCGUGCAAGUUCCUCAACCAGACGGAACUCCUCCUCCUACUGCCAGAACACCGACUCCGCCAGGUUUCGUUCCUACUUUGGUAGCAUGGGACCCACCAUCUCCUGCUUUAUACGGUCCUUGGACCACACAACACGGAUUCGAGCGACGCCACGACAAUGACUCUGACGGCAGCUACAACGCAGACGAUACUGCCAACGACGAGGAUGAGAACACGAAUCAAGCUGCCGCUCCAUUUCCACGUCGUACCUCCACGCGCCUCUCGUUGCCAUCCUCUCCGCGAGCGACUAGAUCACAAGGAGCUGCAUCCACCGAUGAGCCACAAGGACCUCAGGCCACUGCUGAUGCAUAUGCUCAAGCAGAUCUGCAGGCCAUGGCAGUUCCACCGGUCUCUCGUCCAUCUUUGAGACCACGUACACGUGCUCAACACCACAGAACCACUCGCCGUCGUCCCGAGUCAACUCGUGCCGUGCAGACCCUGAGCGGCGAGGCCGAUGGCGAUGCGCACCAGCCUGUCGCCUAG